AGUUUACAUUCGCGAUAUCGAAUUGCCGUGUGUUGAUAAUGAAGUGUGUUAAUAAUCAAGUGCAAUUAUUUUAAAAGCUCAACAAACGGUAUCCUGUUCCUACCUAUCCGAUGCCAUUAUUUCAAAAGGAUUUUACAAUUUAAUAGAAUAUGUAAGCUCUGCACCAUGCAACAAGUAUCGCUAAGUUGACCCCAGAGGGAGGGUUAGUUCCUCCCCCCAAGCCCCCCCCUCCCACCCCCUGGGUGUUGACCCCUCUACCAGCCCCCACAGGUGUUCAAUGGCCGACCCAAAUGUAGCCAAGUUGACGGCCAGCCUAGAGGACCUGUCCUUGAAGAAGCAGCUACCUUUGAGACAGCAGACCCAGAAGCCCAUGCUAAAAUACAGCAACAACUCCAUCAAGCCCGUCCAGCUGUUUAACCAUGCUGACCUUGUUUCCGUGCGCAGCAAUGCCGAGGCCGCCCGCAACGCCUACAGCAGUCUGAGCAAUGCCUCAGCCAACAGCACCAUGCCAACGCCGUUCCGUUCCACCAUGAAACCGCCACCUAGUUCCCAGCAACUUCUUAAAGCAGCCACUGGUACUAACAUUUCGUCCACCUCAAGUGGAAAUGCUGCCCCAAAAUCUGCCACAACGAAGGGUCACAGCAACCCAAACGCCCGCCCGCUGAGUGCCAAAGACAUUGCGAGUGACCUUCAAUCACAGCAGCAGAAGAUCAAGAAGACCAACAGUGUAUCUCAGAUGCAAUCGGGUCCCAAUGCCAUGUUUAAUAUCGGACCAGACGGAACGCCAGUAUUUGGUUAUCCAAUGAACGCGUUCAUGCGUCCCCAGAGUGCCUUGCGAAAGGAGACUCCUGCACAGACCUCCGUAGCGAAAUCUACAACAACGAAAAAAACUAGCGAGGAAACGACAGCAUCGAAAACUGGAGCGACGAAAUCUACCGCCACCGCGAGUCCUAGAAAAGAAAUUCCGCCGACAAAGCUAGAACGGGAAACUGACCUUAGUCUGAAUGGUCAGUCAAAUAAUAAAGAAAAUAGUGGACUGAAGAAUCAGUUCGGACCGGCGUCAAAAGUAAUACCUGCUUCGAGUAGUUCACAGUUGUUAAAUCAGAGUGUUAAUAGCCCCUCUUCUAGUCCUGUAAAGGUGUCUGCAGCCUCACAGACUCAAAAUAGCACCCUUGCAAAGAAUGUGGACUCAAGCUUGAGCUCCAUUCCCUUUACUCAAGAAGUGGGCUCGGAAAAUAGUUCAAAGGCUGUUGCGUACGCUAAACCAGUCUCUUCGCUGCCGCGUCCGGGUUCUGCCGUGAAAUAUGUUACGCCAGAUUCGCAGAUGCCAGUUCGGAACCUGAAUUACACUCCCACUAAACCGUACCACGAAGUGGCGAAUCCAAAACCUGUAAUUUCAGCCACAACCAAAACUCAACAGACUAGCGAGUCUAUAAUAACCGUGAAAGCAGAGCCGCCGAAAGGCGUAACUUAUAUGGCUCCCUCUGUAAUAAAUAAGCCAAAUAAGGCAAACAAGGCUGCCUUAAGCCAGAGCAGCGGCUCAAAUAGUUCCAAACUGUCCAGUGACAGUUCUUCAUCGGGAACAAUGUACUAUAGCAAGAAGUCGAAAGCGGAUAUUAUGAUUCACGAACAACGCCCACCAGCCAUUGGUGCGCCUUCCAAACCCCCUCGAGGAGCUGAAAAGGGGUCAGCCACAAAUUUUACGUCUGGGUCAGAAUUAGAUGAAGCAGCAGAUGAUGAGUCCGAAAUUCCAUCAGGGGAGAGGAUGCCAGGUGAUGGGGAGGCCAGCCUACUUGGGGAUGAAAAUGAGGACGAGGACUUCCCAGAAGAUUGUGAAGAUGACAUCGUGGACAAUCUAGAUGAUGACUUCGUUGGAGGAUCCGACGGCGAGUCCGAUGGGUAUUCCUUCACUAGCAGUAGCAUGUCACGCCCCUCAACCUCGACACAACGCCUAAAGUCACGACCCGUGAGCGCUGUAGAAAGUGAGGUCAUCAGCGUCAGUCGAUCUCAGACCGCCUCGCCCGAUAGGAGCAUCAAGCCUCCACUGACCAAGAGUUUGUUUCCAAACAUUCCGCCAGUCGUGACUUUCGUUGCUGAGGGCGACAAAGUUGAGCAACUACCAUGGGAAGUGAGAAAAUACCUUAAAUGGCGUAUAACCUCCAUAACUCCGAAUGUUGUGAAACACUGCCUGGCGCGAUCAGGAUUUCGGAUCACGAAACGCAACCAUGACUGGCUGGGCUGCUGGGGAAAGCACAUGAAAUCUCAGGGAUUCAAGGCUUUAAGAGAGUAUCAGAAGCUGAACCAUUACCCAGGGUCAUUCCAAAUCGGCCGCAAAGAUAGACUGUGGCGUAACCUCUCAAAGAUGCAGGUCCACUUCGGGAAAAAGGAGUUUGGGUUUUUCCCGCAGACCUACUGCCUUCCAUAUGACUCAAAGCUCCUGAAACGAGCCUUUGAAGACGGAAGUACAAAGCAGAAAUGGAUAGUUAAACCACCAGCUUCUGCUCGAGGUAUCGGAAUCAAGGUUAUCAGCAAACUAACCCAAGUACCAAAGAAACGGCCUGUCAUAGUUCAAAGGUAUCUUGCCCGUCCCUACCUUAUCAACGAUAGCAAGUUUGACAUGAGGGUCUAUGUGUAUGUCAGCUCGUUCGAUCCGCUACGGCUCUACGUGUUUGAAGACGGACUUGCAAGAUUUGCCUCGAUGAAGUAUUCCAGUUCCAUGAAACAUCUCGCAAACAAGUUCAUGCACCUGACAAACUACUCGGUGAACAAAAGAAAUGCUGACUACCAGGCCAAUGCAGACGAUACUGUGUGUCAAGGGCACAAGUGGAGUCUGAAGGCGUUUUGGAACUACAUGAAGCGGCAGGGAAUCAACACGAAUGCUAUCUGGGAGAGCAUGAAGGACCUCAUUAUCAAGACCAUUAUCUGCUCUGAAGGCCCGGUGAACAGCUUGGUGAAAGCGAACUGCAAGAGUCGCUACUGCGUUCAUGAGUUGUUUGACUUUGACAUUCUACUGGAUGAGAGCUUAAAGCCGUGGGUCCUAGAAGUCAACAUCUCACCUAGUUUGCAUUCAAACUCGCAGCUGGACGUGAACAUCAAGGGUCAGAUGAUCAAAGACCUCAUGAACAUCUCUGGAAUCCGAGUGCCCGACAAGCACGACGUCGUGCCGCAUGCACCUCAGACCAGCUGCCCUCCAGAUCUCAGCAAUUAUGUGCCACCCAAUAAUGUCUGCAUGGACAAACGCUUGUUUAGUCAACAACUCUCCCCAGAUGAGAGAGCAAAGCAUGCGUACUACAGUCAGAGGUAUCAAGACGAGUUGGGGGAGUUCCCCGGAGUCUCCGGAAGUAAUCUCACCUAA